AUGUUCGGCUUCUUGAGACUUUCGGGUGUAUCCCGCGUGUUAGUAGCUCAAUCGAGUUUAGUAUUAUCCUCCAGAGGAUCCAGAGGAUUGACUGGAGGUUGCCAAAGUGAGUUAACCGUGUCAGUGGGGGAAAUGGUGGCGCAAUUAGAACGAGAAUUUCAGGCACGAGAAGUGGGCGAACCCGAUCUAUCGGCUUUGUACCUCGUGGGUCAAGCCAUGGGGUGUGCCAAUCCGGAUGGGUUGAGGCAAAGACAUUGGAACCAGACCCUCAACGAGACACAAUUGGCUUGUGUGCAACGCUUCCGUCAGUGUCGAUUAGCUCAUAUGCCAAUUCAAUAUAUCUUGGGUGAGUGGGAUUUCCGGGGACUGACCUUGACCGUUCGACCACCCGUGUUUAUUCCCCGACCGGAAACGGAACAAUUAAUCGAUUUGGUCACACCAUUGGUGCUCUCUGCGGGUGAAUCGGACCGAGUUUUGGAGAUUGGUUGUGGUAGUGGGGCCAUCAGUUUAUCUCUGUUGCACGAGAUUCAGGGGUUAUCUCUGACGGCCGUGGAUCAAAGUCGAGCCGCAUGUGCUUUAACCAUGGAAAAUGCCCUGAAUCUGGGGAUGGACUCGCGAUUAUCUGUGCGGCGGGGUCAAAUCCGACCAGAUGGAAGUCUGGAACACUGGGCAGAGAAUCAGACUUACCAUGUGAUUGUGAGUAACCCGCCUUAUGUGCUCCGGAAAGAUCUCCUGGGUUUGCAGAGAGAAAUCACGCUUUAUGAAGAUCUGAGGGCCCUGGAUGGAGGACGUCAUGGUUUGGAUGUAAUCCUACCAAUCUUGAAGUUUGCCUCUAACCACUUGGUUCAAGGGGGUCACAUUUGCAUGGAAGUAGAUCCCUGCCAUCCCUUGAUACUUCCGGAGGAAAUGGACAAGUGUCCCGACAUCAACCUACGAAUCAAAAGCGUUCACCCCGACCUCUACGGCAAGGAGCGAUUUAUCAUUUUCCAGAAAUAAAGUCACAUCAGCCUUA